ACAAAAGUACUCACAAGUACCGCUAGUUUUGAUAUGGUGGACACAUGGUUGGGUCCCACUUUCUGCAAUACCCUUCCCCUCUCCUUCCCAACCUCCACCAGAAUCUUCUCAUCAUCAUCAUCGUCAUCGUCUUCUUCAAUGGCGACCUUUCCAUCACACCAUCGCCGCUGUUACUCAAACCCUAAUCCUCCUCACCCUCCGCCUGCUCUCCUCGUCUUCUCUGGAGGGACAGCCUUCAACGGUGUCGUCGAAGACCUCAAGAACUUCACCACCCGCGUCGCUCACGUUCUCCCCGUUUCCGACGACGGUGGAAGCACUGCUGAGAUUGUUCGUGUUCUCGGUGGUCCUGCUGUUGGAGACAUACGUUCCAGGUGUCUGAGGUUGUCUGAUCAAAGUACCGUCGAGGCUCUCGCGGUUCGGAAUUUGCUUGGGCAUCGUCUACCCCUUGAUCCACUGCAAGCUAAACCAGAAUGGUACUCUAUUGUGGAAGGUGAUCACUUUUUAUGGAAAGGUGUGUCCAAACCCUACAGGGAGACUAUUCGAGCUUUCCUGGUUUAUUUCCAGAAUCAGAUUCUCCGCCGGUCUGAAGAAUCAUUUUGUUUCAGCAAUGGCAGCAUUGGGAAUUUCUUUUUUGCAGGAGCACGUAUAUUUUUUCAGUCCUUGGAUGCUGCAAUAUUUUUAUUUUCACGGGUUUCAGAUAUUCCCCCUGAAAGCCUGGUUCUUCCUGUGAUUUCAACCAAUGACAGACUUACAUUAGGGUGUGAGUUGUGGGAUGGAACUAUUAUAAGGGGACAAAAUGAAAUUUCCCAUCCAACCAGCGGAACAAUGGAGCUUAUUAAGAAGGAAAGCUUUUCAGCUCCAGCACUUCCUUCGAAAAUAAAACGGGUGUUCUACAUGUCAAGUGAGGGAAAAAAUUUGCUGCAUGAGGUCUUUCCCUCAGCUAAUGCUGCUGUAUUAGAGCAGUUAAAUAAUGUGGACUGCGUUGUGUAUGGCAUGGGCUCCCUUUUUACUUCAAUCUGCCCCUCACUGGUGUUACUGGGAAUUGGGGAGAUUAUUUCUUCUAGGUCCUGCCUCAAGGUACUUAUGUUAAAUGGCACACGGGACCGGGAAACAAAUGAUUUUUCAGCUUCUUGUUUUGUAACUGCCAUUACGGAUGCUCUAAAUCGAACAUAUGGAGAACCUAGCAAUCACUUACAGAAUCCUCCAAGCCACUAUAUCAAUACCCUUUUGGUGCCAAGAGAUGGUGAAAUUCCAGUCGAUAUUGACUGUUUGGCUGCCCAAGGAAUAUUUGACGUGAUAGUUGUUGACUCUCUACGAGAUCCUAAAGUGGGUAUAAUUUAUGACCCGAGGUCACUGAUAAGAUCUCUAGCCGACUUAAUAGACAGAUACAUAAAGUCGCGAGAAAUUGACUUAAUUGAUACUAGACGAUAAUGAUUAACGAGAAGAGCCAGUGAAACUACCAUCAUUUGACUGUAUAUCCUACUUUUGCUGUCAGUUCUUCACAAGGAAUUCUAGAUCGUGAAUUGGCCUGUUGGUGCGAAAUCUUAUGUGGGAAGUUCAAAUUUUCCCUUACCAGGUUCCUGUUUAUUUUCUCCCAUCAAAAUACAGCGAAUGGUGAUAACCCUCCGAAGUACUGAGUGCGAUAAUAUUAAGAAAAAUAUUUGUUUGUUGGGAUGACCUAGUUGACGAUAAACAAAGAUAUGUUAGAGUGCUGUUGUAUAAUUCAGAGUAUUUAGAACAAAAUACUCUAGUUUGUGUUGUAUAUAUAUAUCUCUCAUACAUUAAUUUUUGUUGUUCCAUUAUAGAACUUAGGGUAGUUUAUGGUUCUCUUUUAUUUCA